GCAUCGAGAUGAUAGCGGAGGCAGCUCGAUUCACAUAUAUUGAGCUUUUGUUAGUGAUUCCAAGCAUAAAUAGAGGAGCAGAGGGAUGGUUUUACCCAGACCGUGGCAUGAUCCGGCUCUUAAACAAUUGGGAAACCCUCUCUGGUAGAAUUCAAGCUUCUCAAAAUGGAACAUUUGAUGCGGUUAGCUUAAUGGAUAUUCGGGGUCGGGAGGUCCAGGUUACAAAUGUUCGUCCAAUAAUUCGUUACAUGGGGAUCAUGGUUCACCAAUGUUAUGAUCCAAAUCCGGCACCCCAGUCCUAUCUUCUACUUGUGAGGGGUGAUAAUACUACUUGUUCAUAUGAAGAGACCACUGCACGCAUUAGUGGUCGAGAUGGCUUAUGUCUUGACGUCAAGUGUCAAAAUUACGAUGAUGGAAAUGAAAAAAUUUUGUGGUCGUGUAAGUCCAAUGCGGACGUGAAUCAAUUUUGGACAUUAAAGAGAGACGGGACGAUUCGUUCGAAUGAUAAGUGCAUGACUCCUGGCCCUAAGCACAAAUACAUGGUCAUCCAGGAUUGUGUUUCUGCAGGAGAUAUGGCCGGUUGGGAAUUAUCCUACAAUGGGACAAUCGUACAUCGCCACUUUGGACUAGUCUUGACUGCUGAUUCAUCAGUUGAAGGCACUCAACUCAGCAUAGGAGACAAUGUCCAUGCUAGCCGUCAAAGUUGGCUUCCUAGUAAUAACACAAAACCUUUUGUCACGACCAUUGUUGGGCUUGGAGGCCUUUGCAUGCAAGCAAAUGGAGAAGAACCUUGGUUAGAGGAGUGCGUAAAUGACAAGAUUGGGCAACAAUGGGCUAUCUAUCCAGAUGGCACAAUACGACCUCAACAGGAUCAAACCAAUUGCCUUGCUAGGAAUUCAACAAGACGGAUCCUCAUUCAUUAUUGUUACCCGACCUCCACACAUCGUUGGUUGCUUAGAAACGACGGCACCAUUCUAAAUUUCUACCAAGGAUUGGUGAUGGAUGUGGCAGAUUCAGAUCCAAGCCUUCGUUCGAUAAUCGUUUCGGAAUACACAGGAAGCCCUAGCCAGCAGUGGUUUAUACCAUUUUAA